AUGUACGGCUUAACCGGCGAGCCCGAGAAGAUGGAGCACAUGGAGCCCGAGGAGAUCGAGCAGAUAAGCUCGAGUGAGGAGGUCCAGCCUCUUCCAAAUGAUCAGCCUGAUGCUGCUGUGACGUUCUUCGAUCAAAAAGCAUGCACAUGGAAGACAGUCGACAAGAGCGGCCAAAUGCAUGAGGAACCAGGCCAUGCUCGCCCAGGUGUUCCAGACCGUGUGCUUCGACACCAUGACGAGAUCCUGGCCAGGCCUGUUGCAGCCCUUGAGCCCUUGUCUUCCCGAGGCCUCACCGAGACGGAGGACAAGGAGGCUGGCAAGAAGAAGAAGAAGAAGAACAACAAGAAGAAGGACACGGGCGACACGAAGCCUGAGGCCAAGUCGGCUCCGAAAGCCAAGGGCAAAUCCAAGGCGAAGGCCAAAGCCAAGCCCAAGCAAAAGGCCGAGGCAGAGGUCAAGCAUGGGGGCGGCGAGGUGGCGACGAAGACCGAUCCGGAGCCUGAUGAAGCUGAGGCCAAGUCGAGUUCCAAAGCCAAGGGCGGAUCCAAGAAGGCCAAGUUUCGCAGUGCCGAGGACGAUCCUGAGAUUGGGGCCCUUCAGAUUCUCAAGAAGCCAGCCGCUCUUCAGGCGGCGGAGGGUGAGAUUCUCAAGAAGCCAGCCGCUCUUGAGGCGGCGGAGGCUGGAGAUGAAAAUGGAAAUGGAAAUGAAGAGGAGAAGGGGGGCCCGGAGAUUCAGGACAAGCCCAAUGGGUGGAAGAAGAUGCUGUUCCAGAGGGGUGGCAAGCAGAAAGGGACCUACUUCAUCCUGGUGUCGCCCCAGAACUCGCGAUAUCGCACCCGUCCCGCGGCAGCGGCUGCCGGUACUGCCGUCGACGUCCUGGACAAGCUGCUUCUCUUCCGGGUUUUCUCCGGCCGGAUGCAGCAUGAUGUGCAUGACCCGCUGCAGGCACGGGCAGAUCUCUUCGAGCUGCCGCUUCACUUCCGGGGCCCACCUAGCAUUCAAUUCGACCUCGCGAUCGCCAUGGGAGCCAAUCAGAGCUCUGGCAACGGGGCCCAGGAGAUCCUGGCUGCGGUCAACCGGCUUUCGACAGCAGUCGAAAGCCUGCAGCAGACGCCGCCCCCGGGUGCACCGGGGCCCAACACAGGGCCGUCGACCGUGCCAGCCCCACCCCCAGCCGUGUUCCCCCAGCCUGCUGCACCGGGGCCCAACACAGGGUCCGUGCCAUUCCCCCCGAUGCCACCGCCGUCGCAAAGCCAUGACGACCAGAACCGUCUGCGGUACUGCAAGUUCUGCAAGCAGGUUAGCUACUGGCGGAAGGGCAUCUGCCUCAACGAGUCCUGCCGUGACUUGAAUGUUGCGAAGACGUGGGCAGGGAGGGAGAUCACCUCCAGCUCGGAUAUGGCAUGGUACGUUCAGAACCGCAAGAAGAAGAACAAAGGUCUGAAACGCAAGGCUUGGUGGGCGGACCGCAACAAUCGUUACUCCAAGGCCAAGGAUGGCGAGGACUGGUCCAAGGCAAAGGGGGAUGGCGACGAGGAAAAUGAAGAGAAGGAAGAUGAGGUUUUGGCGGUGCAGGCGGUGGAUCAUGUGGCGGUGCAGAAGGUUGCAACGCCGAAGUCCGGAGGAUCUUCGACCAGGACCACCACGACGGUGGUGAUGCCGGAGGAGGCUGGAUUUCGAGCUCUCCUGAUGGGUCUCACCGCCGAGCAAAGGGCACUUAUCGGGCGAUUGUUGGUGGAGAUAGACGGAUCCUUGUCCACAGAAGUGUCACCAGUGCAGGGAGCAAUGGUGCACUCGAGGUACCAACUUUCUGAGGAUGCUCGCAAUAAGUAUCAUGGCGCCAAAACGCAGCCGGUGCCCGUGACCGUGAAAGUCGAGCCGGGUGCUGAACAAGGCGACGCCUCUGAGAAGGCAAAGGACCCCGUCAAGGGCAAACUCAGCAACCUGGUAACACAAUGCAAGAAUGCAGUGAAGAAGUUGGAGGAUCACGACAGCGGCAAAGCAACUCUCAGCGAAGAGGAAGUCGGCAAGCUCAGAAGCAAGAAGAAAUUCUACGACGACUAUUGCCAAUUGCCUCGGAAUGCCACCGAGCAAAGGAUGCAAAUGCUCUCCUCCUGGGAGCAAGACAAGACAGGGAAGAUGUGGGCCGAGAAGAUCCAGUCCCUGGAGAACGACAAGGCGACCACCGCCAGCAAGGUGGGUUGGGAGAUCGCCGACCAGGAGAACCUGAACCUUCAGAUCCCCGAGCAGAAGAAGCUUUGGGAGUCCAUCCUCGAGGAAAUCCCCUAUGAUGAGGAAUGGAACCAAGAGGAUAAUCGUGAGCGAGCCCUUGCAAAAGCCGGGGAACGUCGCUACCACUACGGCAAAACCAAGAUGACAACGACAACGGACACAGUUCGUCACAAAGAGACGAUGCAGGCCGGGUACAACCUGAACGACAAGGAGAAGAAGCAGGCCUUGCAGGACAGCCCCAAUCAGCCUUCAAUCGAGGUCCGGGAUCCCCUUUUGGUUGCCUUGAGGCAAGAGCUGCAGACCAUGAACUCCGGGAAAAAGGCUGUCGAGAGAAACCUGAGCACGAUCAAGGAUCUCCAGGUUUUCGCGAACACUAAGGGCCUGAGCAAGAUGAAAGAUGCUGCAGCAGAUGCCCUCACACCACUCGACAACUUCCUGGUCACCUUGAGGGAGGACUUUGCAAAGCUCGAUGCCCUGGACGUCGGGAGCGAGGAGUCGGUCCAGCAGGCCAAGGACAUUAACACGCAGGCAGGUGUGCACGUGGAUGCUGCUGGCAGAGUCAUCAAGAAGUUGAAGACGAUGAACGAGUGUGGAAGCUUCAAAAAGGUUAAGAACACGCAUCGGCAAUUUGAUGCUGAGCAAUACCAUUUCUGGAUUUGGCUGCAUGUGGCACCGGCCGAGCGGAUGACAUCCCUAAGAAAAGGGAUCUGGUGCGCCGCCUUGGCAUUAACCGGCAUUGGCCGGAUCCGUAUUGGUGCAUGCAUGGCUCAACAAGUGGCAACCGAGGAGUGGGUGCCACUGUGGCUUCCCCAUGAGCUGCUGCAUGCACUGGAGUCCAAGGCUGCCGGCUUAAACACCAUGAGGGAUUUAAGCUGCAUGGAGCCGGGCGAGGUGGCUCUGCUCCGCCAGUGCUGUGAGAAGGCUGGUUUGGAAGAGGGCUCUGCAGUGGCCCUGGGGAUUUGGGGCGAUGGGGUUCCGAUCACUCGUGAUCGUACCCAAUCGGCGGAAGUCUUAUCCCUCAACAUUCUCAGCCACUCUCAGCGAGGUGCAUUGCGAUUUCCCUUAGCCUUGAUGCAAAAGCAUUUGAUGUUGAAGGAGUUCACAUGGGAUGCUGUCCUGUCGAUCAUGGCCUGGUCCUUCGCUUUUCUCGCAGCAGGCAUUUCGCCAUCGAGUCGCCACGAUGGGACGGCAUGGUUGCCUAGCGACAAAGCAAGGAGGGCACGAAGCGGAUUGCAACUACCCAGGGCAUUCCUGAUUCAAGUCCGAGGCGACUGGGCCUUCUACAAGCAGACGUUGUACAUGCCGGCCUGGAACAGGAAAGAUGGCUGCUGCUGGUUGUGCAACAUCAAGCCCUCCGAGCUGCAUAUGGUGGCUCCUAACUCUCCCUGGAUGCACAAUCGCAAGUCGCACUGGGAUGCCGUGUGCGAGAUGCCCAGGAAGAGCCCUCUGCUGGGUUCUCCUUUUUUUUCGCUGGCAAUGUGCCAGCUCGAUUGGCUCCACAUAGUGGACAUCGGGGUGGCCCUCGAGUUUCAAGGAAGCUUAUUUCACUACGUGUGCUUGAAGAAACUGCAAGGCAACCUGCAAGUGGCAUGCCGUGAGCUGUUUUUCAUGAUCAAGGAAUAUUAUUCCGCCAACAAUGUCGGAAGCCAGUUGGGCGAACUGAAGCCCACUAUGCUCAAGGGUAAAGGAAAACCAUACCCAAAGCUUCGGGCGAAAGCGGCGGAGAGCCGAGCAUUGGUGCCGUUCAGCGAGAUCCUGGCCCAGGCCGUGCUAGUUCCCGAAGAUCCCUUCGACAACGUGCUCAUGAAAGCUGCCAGCUCCUUCGCUCGCUGCUACGAUCAGCUUUCCAAGGACUCCUUUCAGCCGGCCACUUUGGCACAGGAGGCCUUCGAAUUCGCUUCGAGAUACGUGGAUCUCAACAAGGAGGCGGAGAGACUAGGCAUGAAGCUUUUCAAAAUAAAGCCUAAGUUGCACAUGUUUUUGGAAUUGUCUUACUGCUGCACCUGCUCUCCUUCAGCGAACUGGUGCUACAGGGAUGAGGAUUUUGCUGGCAAGGUUGCAAUGGCAGCUUUUCGGCGAGGCGGUGCCAACACCGUGCGAGCACUGGCAGAGUCUUACUUCUUACGCUGGAAAUCCAUGUAUGCAGUUCCAGAAUUGUGCUGA